AAAAGAGAGAGAGAGAUUCAGCCACUCCCUAAACCAAAAGAGAAAUCGUUUUCGGCGGCUCCAGGGAGGUUUUUCGGCGUCUCUGGCCACCCUUCGGCGUCUGCAGCAAUCUACUCGGCUGGCAUACUGACAUGGUAAACCGGGUGCACCAAAUAAGGAAAAUCAAGGGUUGGUGAAGGGGCUUCACAGUAAUUUUAGUUCAAAGAACAUUCAAAUACUUUACCAAACAUUUAGACAGCAUAAACUGAAAGUUGCCAACAACGAGAAACAGAAGCAGAUCGAUCUAAAGAACAAGAUAAAUUAAUGGAAGGGUUGGUGGGUUCACAGAUGACACCAAUUACUGCUCGUUGUAAGCAACUUAGCUCACCUUUCCUUCCUGUGUUUUCUCCCCGAUUUACGAAAAAAUUCAAUCUCAGUCUAAUUGGGAUGAGCAAAUCACCUAAAUCAUUGAACUUAAUUGCUGCUUCCGUUCAACCGUUGGAAGCUGCUAAGUUGGGCCCCUUCGAUAACACUCUACCAUCCAAAGAGGUUCUUGAGUUAUGGAGAAAUGCCAAUGCGGUGUGCUUUGAUGUUGAUAGUACGGUGUGCCUAGAUGAGGGCAUUGAUGAACUUGCAGAAUUUUGUGGAGCUGGAAAGGCUGUAGCGGAAUGGACUUCUAGGGCAAUGAGUGGCUCUGUUCCUUUUGAGGAGGCCUUGGCUGCCAGAUUAUCUUUGUUUAAUCCUUCCCUUUCCCAAGUCCAGGACUUUCUUGAAAAGAGUCCCCCAAGGCUUUCUCCUGGCAUGGAAGAGUUAGUCAAGAAGCUGAGGGCUAAUAAUACCGCUGUUUACCUGAUCUCUGGAGGCUUUCGUCAAAUGAUCAAUCCUGUUGCAUCAAUCCUUGGGAUUCCACCUGAAAACAUAUUUGCCAAUCAACUUCUAUUUGGAAGUUCUGGGGAGUUUGUGGGCUUUGACACCAAGGAGCCUACUUCAAGGAGUGGAGGAAAAGCCACUGCAGUACAACAGAUAAGGAAGGCUCAUGGGUACAAGGCAUUAGUCAUGAUUGGGGAUGGUGCAACUGAUCUUGAGGCUCGUAAACCAGGAGGUGCAGACUUGUUUAUUUGUUAUGCUGGUGUCCAACAUCGAGAGGCUGUUGCAGCAAAAGCCGAUUGGGUGGUUUUCAAUUUUAGAGAUCUGAUAAAUUCCUUGGAAUAGCCAGUAGUUUUCUGAGUCCUGUUCUUUUUUUCCUUGUUAAAUGUUGUAUAAUUAUUAAUUUUGGCUCCUUGGUCAGUGGCCGCAUGCCAUUAUACAAAUGCAUUCUUCAUGGUAUCACAAGGUUACAUGUUUGCUUUUUAGUAAUGAGUAAUGUAUAAAACGUAACCGACCCCAAAAAGUUGGGACUAAGGCUUGGUUACUGGUGUUCUGAUAAUGUAUAAAACGUAAUUGAGAAAGAAUAGAGUUUCAUUAAAUUUAAUGCCCA